UCGUUCGGUUCGGGUUCCACAACGACGUGCGUCAAGUCAGAAAGAAAAGAGUGUGCUGCAGCAAUUCAUACACACGCGAAAUCGUACCAAGUAAAACGCAUUUAGACAGUUUUUUCCGGCGCAAAAAACAGCAUAUUUCCUGCUUCCGACAACGGCAAUUGUUUUUUGAUUUUGUUACUCGUUUUCCUAUAAUUUAAACUAAGCGGCAAGAUGUUUUGGGGACUAAUUCUGAAAGCCAACAAAAAGUACUCCCAGACGGUGGUCAAAUCGUUCCAUCUGUCUCAGGCGGCGCUGGAUCUUUCGAAGGGUGGCGAUGAUGUACAGGUUAUGUUAACUUCGGAGGAAAACACCUACCUACUGUGUACGCUGAGUAAGAAGACACCGCAGGUCGCGUUGGACUUGAACUUUAUGGAAGGUGAUCAGAUCAGCUUGAGCACCAAUGGGGAAGGAAUCGUGCAUCUGACCGGAUAUUUGGUACCGGAAGAGGAGGAUCUUUUCGGUGGAGAAGAGGAGGAUGAGGAAGAGGUAGAAGACGAAGAGCUGGAAGUUCAACAGCAGCUCAAAAGCAAGGGUGGAAAGGAACGUGCCGCCAAAAAGGUAGCACAGAAAGUAAUCAAGAACGAAGUCCAAAAGCAGAAGGACGGCGAUGAAGAUGACGAACUAGACGAGACGUUCGAGCUGCCGAAGGGUGCCCAGAAGAAACCGGCUGGUGCUGAUAGUGACGAAAGUGAUUCCGACGACGAUGAGGAUGAGGAGGAAGAUGACGACGAAGAUGAAGAUAUGGAUGAUAGCAAAACUGGUCCGCAAGCAGAAGAAAAGGACAGCGAAUCCGACGAUGAUGAGGAGGAGGAUGAUUCUGACGAUGACGACUCGGACGAAUCGGAAGAUGAACAACCAGCGCCCAAGGUGGCAAAACUGGAGAAAAAGCCAUCCAAGCAGAACGGACUCGAGAAUGGUAAAGCUUCUUCGAAGGAGUUGAAAAAGGACGAAAAACAGCAGCAGAAAGAGGAAUCCAAGGUUCGUACUCUUCAGGGAGGAUUGGUCGUGGAAGAUUUGAAGGUUGGUAAUGGACCGGAAGCUAAACCCGGUAAGAAAGUGGUCGUAUAUUACGAAGGUCGCUUGAAGAAGAACAACAAGGUGUUCGAUUCUACCUCGAAGGGUCCGGGUUUCAAGUUCGCCCUUGGACGAGGUGAGGUAAUCAAGGGAUGGGAUCUGGGUGUGACUGGAAUGAAGGUCGGAGGCAAGCGACGAUUGACAGUUCCACACCAGUUGGCUUAUGGCACUAAAGGAAGUCCGCCAGUAAUUCCACCGAACAGUACGCUCGUGUUUGACGUCGAACUGAAGAAUGUCCAUUAAGCUAAAACCUUUCUCCACUUUCGUUUCGUGUGUCUAUUAUAACGUUAAGAUGUUACACAAUCACAAAUUUGCAUUCACAAACUACAAAAUAUCGGACUUAAGCAGCAGUGAAGAACACGUGUCAUUCGGCAAUCGUUCCAACGAAGAUGAGAUCUUCAGCAGAACGAAGGCAAAUUAAUUCAGACGAAGCAACAGGAAAAAAAGUUAUUGCUCCUUUUUGUUGUAAAAAAGUUGCAUUAAUGUCACAGAGGGAAAUGCUUCCCUGCGCCCGUGAAUAUAAAAUGUGAUGAAAUUUAAA